UCUGGGAAACCCUAAAAAACCUACUCCUAUUAAUAUCCUCCUCCAUCUUCCAUCACUGAACAUUACCGAUCAAGAAAAAAAGAUGACAGAAUUCGAAGUAGGCGCAGUUCCAUUCAACGCCGGCGGUUGGGGACCACCGGAAACACCAUCGCAACUCCUCCCAAAUCAUCCACCAAACGUUCCUUUUCUUCCUUUCAAUCGUUCUGAAAAACUAGGUCGAAUUGCAGAUUGGACUAAAAACUACAACAACAACAAAAACCGUAACAGCGGUCAGGGUUCCGUCUUCGAUUCUAUACCUUUUGAUGACGAUGAUGCUGCUGCAAAUCCGUUCCACGAAGUUAUUGGAAAAGCACCAGCAAGACCUAAGUUUGUUCCGAGAUGGAGAUUUCAACACCAACGUCAACUUCCACAGCGUCGUGACGAAGAAGUUGAAGCUAAGAAACACGAACAAGAGAAAGAGCGAGCUAGACGUGAUCGUCAUUACAAUCGAUCUGGUAACAAAAAUAAUCAUAAUUCUCGUCGUGAAUCUGUAGUUUUUAAAUCAUCUGUAGAUAUUCAACCUGAAUGGAACAUGUUAGAUCAAAUCCCGUUUUCGAGUUUCUCUAAAUUAUCGUUUUCGGUACAAGAUCCUGAGGAUUUAUUAAUCUGUGGUGCUUUAGAAUCCUAUGAUCGUAGUUAUGAUAGGAUUAACCCUAAGAAUGAAAAACGUUUGGAGAGGUUUAAGAAUAGGAAUUUCUUUAAGGUUACUACUACUGAUGAUCCUGUUAUUCGUCGACUCGCGAAUGAAGAUAAAGCGACUGUGUUCGCUACUGAUUCGAUUAUGUCUACAUUGAUGUGUGCACCAAGAUCUGUUUACUCUUGGGAUAUCGUGGUUCAGCGUGUUGGGAAUAAGCUGUUUUUUGAUAAGAGAGAUGGUUCUCAGCUUGAUUUGUUAUCGGUUAAUGAGACUUGUCAGGAAGUAGCAUUGCCUGAAGCUAAAGAGGAUAUUAAUUCGGCUUAUUCGUUGAGUGUUGAAGCUGCUUACAUUAAUCAGAACUUUUCGCAGCAGGUUUUGGUUAGGAAUGGUAGUAAGGUUGAAUUUGACGAGCCAAAUCCAUUUGCUGGUGAAGGUGAAGAAGUUGCAUCUGCAGCGUAUCGUUAUAGAAGGUGGAAGCUUGAUGAUAAUAUGUUUCUUAUAGCUAGGUGCGAAGUUCAGAGUGCUUCGGAAGCUAAUGGACAACAAUCGUUUAUGACCUUGAAUGCUCUUAACGAAUUUGAUCCGAAGUAUUCAGGUAUUGACUGGAGGAAGAAGUUGGAAACUCAGAGAGGAGCAGUUUUGGCUACUGAACUGAAGAAUAAUGCUAACAAAUUGGCUAAGUGGACUGCUCAAGCACUACUGGCAAGUGCUGAUAUGAUGAAAUUGGGGUAUGUUUCUAGAGUUCACCCCAGGGAUCAUUUCAAUCACUCAAUUUUAUCCGUGGUUGGAUACAAACCUAAGGAAUUUGCUACACAGAUUAACCUCAACACUAACAAUAUGUGGGGAAUUGUCAAGUCAAUUGUUGAUUUGUGCAUGAAAUUGAAGGAGGGGAAGUAUGUGCUUGUUAAGGAUCCGUCAAAACCGCAGGUGAGGAUUUAUGAGGUUCCAGCUGAUGCCUUUGAGAAUGAUUAUGUGGAGGAGCCACUGCCUGAGGACGAACAAGUACAACCUCCCACAGAGGAAGAGGCUCUAGCUGUUGCAAAUGAUGUGGAAGAUAUAGUUGAAGAAGCUGUGGUGUGAAGUGGCACUUCAAAUGGCAGCACACCUAUUAAGAUAACUGAGGUUACAAAUUUACUCGUCAGCAUUGCAGAAUGUAGCUUCCUACUCUGCUAUAUCUUUUCGGCGUAAAUAUUUUGAAUCCAUGAGCGCGCGGUCACAUGCUAUUCUUAUUUUUUUUGACUCUGAAACAAGAGAGAUGGUAAAUUUAGACAUCGUUUUGAUGGUAGUUAAAUUUUCAACAUUACAUUCUGUCUUCAAUUUUAAUUUUGAUUCUUAAUCAGAGAAUGAUAGUGAAACUUAAGAUUUCUGGA